AUGGGGCUACUUCCAAAAACCACCAUAGAGGCCCUCAAAGGCGUGGUCAAUUCAUCGUGCAGCGACCCCGAAAAUGGACUUCCUGGUGCCGCCGUCGCGGUCGUGGGAAAGGACGGCAAGCUGAUGUUUCUCCACACGGCUGGGCAGGAAGGACAUGGACGCUCUGAGCCCUUGGGCCCUGACAGUGUCUUCUGGAUUGCCUCAUGCACCAAAUUGAUUACUGGAAUUGCCUGCAUGCAGCUCGUGGAACAGGGGCGGUUAUCCUUGGAUAGUGUCAACGAAAUUGAGCAGAUCUGCCCGGAGCUAAAAGAUGUCAAAGUUCUCAAAGAAAAUGGCAUAUUGGUGGACAAGGAACGAGGUAUCACUUUGAGGAUGUUGUUAAGUCAUACAGCUGGGUUUGGAUAUUCCUUUAUGAAUCCAAAAUUGCGAGAAUAUUCUCGGCCAAUUGGGUACAACGAGUUCUCGGGGUAUUUGCGUGACUUCCAACAGCCCUUGGUGAACCAGCCCGGGGAAGCUUGGGAGUACGGGAUCAAUAUUGAUUGGGUCGGCAUUUUAAUUGAACGGGUGACCGGAAAACCUCUGAAUCAAUAUUUCCAGUUACAUAUCUUCGACCCGCUUGGCCUUGAUCAGAUCUCAAUGAUCCCAACUGAGAAGAUGAAAAACAAACUGGCUUACAUGCAUCAGCGAGAUCCAACUGGACGGAUCCAUUCUCGGGAUCAUUUGCUCCGUCUGCCUCUGAUAAUGGAUGACGAGUCCGACAUGAAAUCCUUCUUUAACAGUGGCGGUGCAGGAUGCUUCUCAACUCCCCAAGAUUAUUGCCAAAUCUUGGCCGUGCUUCUGAAUGACGGGACUUCUCCAAGCACCGGGUCGCAGCUUUUGAAGAAAUCUACUGUAGAUGAAAUGUUCCGCAACCAACUGGAGAACCUCCCACCUCUAGCUGAAAAGGUCAUCCCCAACGCAAAAGCAGACCUGACCAACUCCUCAACUGGACUGCACCCAACCGUUGCCGGAGAUCGCCAAGGCUGGGGACUGACCUUCAUGCUCAGCGGGGGCUCUACGGGCCGCUCUAUAAGAACAGCCCAAUGGUCUGGCCUCCCGAAUCUUUUUUGGUGGUGCGAUCGUGAAAAUGGUGUAGCUGGAAUGAUCUGUACACAAAUCCUGCCAUUCGGAGAUGCCAAAGUGUUCCAGUUAUACCAGGACGUCGAGGCCGGAGUCUACAGGGGUCUUGCGGGAUCUGUGUAG